ACAUCUCAUUGAUGAGGAACCAUAUCCUUUCUCGUUUUCCUCGUUGCGACAAAAAAAAUCAUCUCUCAUGCAUGUUCACCUACUCAGACUGUAAGGUAGUAUCAAUGUCCACCCUCUUCACCAACACCAUUCUGGUGCCGCUAGAACUCGGCCAGGCCCCGACUCUCCAGACCAUUGGAGUCCUUGACCCGCCAAGGAAGAAGCGUCCUCAUUCCAAAAGUCGACGAGGGUGCGUUGCAUGUAAGCGUCGAAGGGUUAAGUGUGAUGAGCGUCUACCAUGCUCUGGCUGCGCGAAGCGGAAUAUCCAAUGCCUACAACCACCUACUCAACAUGUCAUUGGUGCAAGUCUCUCGACGACUAGUGCUCAUUGCAAGAUGGAUAUGGAUCCUACGAUUAGCCUCUUGCACCUAGAGUUAUUUCAUCACUGGGAUAAGGAGACUCGAGCAACGCUCGUAUUCCCCCAGAUUUGGCCUGUUGUUAUGCAACGGGCUUUCAAUGAAGACUUUAUCAUGUCCGCCAUAUUAUGUGUCGCAGCUAUGCAUCUCGUAACCCUGUGUCCACAAAACACGAAAUACUCACGCGCCUCAAUGCAGCUGAUCGUCAAGACGGUUCAACUCUUUCGUAAGAAUUUAUCCCGUCCUCUUACACGAGAUAACUGCGAAGCUUUGAUGGGAACCGCGCUUCUUAUCAAUUAUAUAUCAUGGUCCGACCUGGGAUUCUUGGAUGAUAAUAAUAACACCGAAUUCGCACAGCCAGCUGAUAUAAGAUUGAAUCUUGCGCAAGAUCAAUUGUUUCUUCUCAGUCCUGGUAUUGUCAGAGUAUGGUUUGAGGCCAUGCCGGUCUUUAUUAAGGAAGGAAGCGUGUUUACGCAGCUUACUCAACAGGAUCCAAGACUCAAUAUUGAGAGGGCACUGGUUAGAAGGGGAGAGGAUCCAACGCGAUUCGUGGAGCCCUUUAUGAAGAUCUGGGAUGACAAUGCUGGCUGUACGACGAAUAGGGCCGAUAUCCAUGACAGCACGGGUGCUGAAAGACCAACCUCUUAUGCAUGGCGCCUUCUUCUCGGGCUGGAGACGGAAUUACUAUCUUGUCGUGGUAGAAAUACUAUACCCUGUGACGAAGGCCGUGAUAAAGAAAAGGUAUUAGUCCGCCUCAGGGACACAGUCACAAAAAUCACCACUCAAUCCACCUCUCUCGACCACGAUAACCCAUCACAGCAAUCCCCUCGCUCAUCGUUCGAAUACAUAACCCGGCGGAUAUCGCCUCUUUUGUGCUGUGCAACAUUACUCGAAUCCGCAGCAGAAAGCGACCCAACUAUCAGGACAGAGUUCGAAGCAGAUCUUGAGCAGCUCUUCUAUGGCUUUCCAAUAUUCUGCUGCGGUCCCUUUGCGCAGUUGAUGCCCCAGCGUGAUUCACGAGCGCUGGUUUUUCUGUUCUAUUUCUAUCGUGCUGCGCGGAUUUUGUUGUCGCCCGGAGGACGGUGCUGGUGGGCGUCUGCGAGGAGCCGUGUGAUGGAGGAGGCCAUAUUGAAGGAGUUAAGAGUGUCGGGACUGAAUGCCCUAAACAUACAACAGUUUAACGUGAUUAGGCCGGAAGCGGUUAGUGUGCUUUGA